ACUUGUCAAAUCUGGACUAAAUUAUCCAAGAGAGGCUAAAGAUUCUUAAAAACACAGUUUCAGUUUUGUGAAAGCUUUAUUCUAUUUGUGAAAAAUGCAACAAAGGGAUUUGACCAGUCCAGGUAGUGGUUUCGGAUCUGGACCUGGUCUAAUUGUGGUCUACAUAUGAAAAAACUGUCAAAUACCCCUUUAUUGCAUUUUCACACAUAGAAGAAAGCUUUCCCAAAUCUGAAACUGUGUUUCUGAAUCAGAAUAAUGAUGACCAUACUGGAUAGAAAAGAAAAAAAAGAAAAUGAAGUUUAGAGAAAUGCUUAGUUCAGAGACGGGUGAGACGUUUUUUUUAGUAGGCUAUAGGCCGGCGUAUUUUGACAGACAGAUGUCAAAAUCAGAUUUUGACAGACAGUUAUAGUAACAUGAAGGGACUGAGUUUGCACAACGUUAGUGUCGCAUUGCAAAAAAACGGAGAAAUUAAAAUGUUCCUAAAUCGUCCUGUAACCUGUCUUUUACCAUGGAAUCAGAAGCUUACCAUAUAUGGGGGACGCUUACCGAAUUGCCACUAAAUAGCUGUUACUUCUUCUGAACUUCAUUAGAGACACAUUUGGUCCAACCGUUGCUCCGUAUUACCCUUUAACUUACCUGCCGCUGCUUCACUGUUUUAGCUAUUAAUGGCCCGUUAACGAAAGCUCAACGGGCGUUCAACCGCGAGCAUUUUUACUCAUCUAUUUUGGUACAGUGACUGUAAAGUGUCAACAUUUGUAUAUUUGUUAGUUUUUGGCUACCGUUACUCCAAAGCACUUCUCCAAAUGGCCACAAGAUGGCGGCGUUGCAAAACCAAUGAGAUGACAGUUCGCGUCAAAGGAGGUGGGAUUUCCUCUCCUCCUUAAACAUCGUUCUACUCCUCCUAGGGAUGUAUCGGCGUGCGGUGCACCUGUUUUAUGUAUGAUUUGGGUCAACGGCCGCUGAAAUGCUCUAUUUGCUACCAGUGUCAUCAAUAGCCAUACGAAUGGUUUAAACGACCUAUUCGUGGGUUCCCGAGAUACCUCGAUUCAGUUUGAUUUAGGUAGAGGAUGUGUUGAUUUUUCUCUUUCGGGGUGCAGCAGUGAGACAGCAUCUUUGCCGGCUGACACAUCAUUAUCAGUAGCCUACGAGUGGACAAGCCCCGUAGGACACCAUGUCGGACAAAAGUGACCUAAAAGCAGAGCUGGAGCGUAAGAAGCAGCGCCUCGCCCAAAUCAGGCAGGAAAAAAAGAUAAAGGAGGAGGAGAGGAAGAAGAAAGAGGUAUGGAAAAAAUCAGAGAGCCAGCAGAAGAGAGAGGCCACCCCAGAGGAUUCAGACUUAGAUCGCAAGCGCAGGGAGACUGAGGCCCUGCUACAGAGUAUUGGCAUCUCACCGGAGCCUUCACUAGUCCAUUCUUUGCAGCCUUUAAUGUUAGAUUCAUGUUAUUUUCAUUAUUUAGUCCCGACCCCUGUGUCCCCCUCCAAAUCAGUGAGCACACCCAGUGAGACGGGGAGCCAGGAUUCAACUGAUGGAGGAGCAGCAGGCAGGUUUAGGUCAGGUUUCUCUAAAAACAAGUCCCAAGCACAGAGCUCAAGGACGCUGCAGUGGGACACAGACCCCUCUGUGCUGCAGCUGCAGGCUGAUUCUGAGCACGGGCGCAGGAUGCAGAGGCUGGGAGCAUCUAAGAUCACACAGGUAGACUUCCUUCCCAAAGAGGUGGUCUCCUACUGCAAAGAGACGCAGACGCCACUCACUGCCCACCUGUCUGAAGUAGAGGAGGAAGAGGAAGAUGAGGAGAUGAUGGAGGCAAAGCCAGGCCCCGAGUCGGAGCAGCAGGAUGAAGAUGACAACAGGGAAAACAAAGAAGGCUCGUUUCCAGUUCUGCGGGAGCUGACAGAGGAGGAGAGGCAGCAGAUCCUGCACUCUUCUGAGUUUCAGAGUUUCUUCGACUGCAGCAUCCGGGUGAUGGAGAGAGCUCUGGCUGAAGACAGCAACAUCUUCUUUGACUACGGUGGCCGGGAGCUGGAGGACAAAGAAGGAGACUUAGGCAGUGGCUCCAGUCUGUCCUUCAGCCGACUCUUCUACGAUGAACACUGGUCGAAACAUCGUGUGAUCACCUGCCUUGACUGGUCACUUCAGUAUCCUGAGUUGCUGGUUGCCUCCUAUAACAAUAAUGAAGAUGCUCCUCAUGAACCGGAUGGUGUUGCCCUAGUAUGGAACAUCAAAUUUAAGAAAACCACACCGGAGUACAUCUUUCACUGUCAGUCUCCAGUAGUAUCUGUGGGCUUUGCCAGGUUUCAUCCCAACCUGGUGGUGGGGGGGACUUACUCGGGACAGAUUGUCCUGUGGGACAACCGCAGUCACCGUCGGACCCCCGUCCAGAGGACUCCUCUGUCUGCUGCUGCACACACUCACCCAGUCUACUGUGUGAACGUGGUCGGCACCCAGAAUGCCAACAACCUGAUCACUGUGUCUACAGACGGCAGGAUGUGCUCCUGGAGUCUGGACAUGCUUUCCCAGCCACAGGAGACCAUGGAACUGGUGUACAAUAAAUCCAAACCCGUGGCGGUGACAGGCAUGGCUUUUCCCACAGGAGAUGUUAACAACUAUGUGGUCGGGAGCGAGGAGGGCACUGUGUACACUGCAUCCAGACACGGCAGCAAGGCGGGUAUCUGUGAGAUGUUCGAGGGCCACCAGGGGCCGGUGACGGGCAUCAGCUGCCACAGUGCAGUGGGCACCGUCGACUUUUCCCACCUAUUCAUCACAUCCUCAUUCGACUGGACCGUCAAACUGUGGAGCACCAAGCAAAACAAGCCUCUGUACUCGUUUGAGGACAACGCCGACUACGUGUAUGACGUGGCGUGGUCGCCUGUUCACCCCGCGAUCUUCGCCGCCGUAGAUGGCAUGGGCCGUUUAGACCUAUGGAACCUCAACAACGACACUGAGGUACCAACUGCCAGUGUGACCAUCGAGGGUGCUUCGGCCCUCAACAGGGUCCGCUGGUCGUCAGGCGGGAAGGAGGUGGCUGUGGGCGACUCAGAAGGCCGAGUCUGGAUCUACGAUACUGGAGAGCUGUCAGUGACUCAUACUGAUGACUGGGCGCGCUUCGCUCGUACCCUGAUGGAGAUCCGUGCUAACCGGGCGGACGGCGAGGAGGAGGGGCCUAUGGAGCUGGCUUCAUAGAACAGGACUCCAAAGAGACCAGUGGGGUGUACUACGAAGCGAGAUUAGUGGUUAGCAAGGCAUGUUAAACCUAAAGCCCAAAUGUCCCAAAGGUGAUUUUUUUUUAACCCGGUAGAUCGUCAUUGUAAGUGACCUACACACCUAGAGUUUCGGAUUGAAAUUGGCUAUAAAAAAGCGACCCUUUUACUGAUCAAUAACUUUGGAAAUUGUGUCACCAUUAUGAGGUUCUCUUUGGAGGGAUUGUUUCAUAGGAUUUCCUUUGGGUUAUUACCCACAUACCCAAUGCCGGAGCCUUAGGGGAACAUGAGGGGGAUUUUGCUAAUAGAAAGUCCUUUCACAGCAUCAAUUGUCUGGUGGAGCUGGCCCACUCCAGUCCCCCGUCCAGUCGUCCCCCCCUCCCCGUUUGUUUCAGAUUAAAUGAACACUUCAAAUAAUACACAGCAUAUCAUCCAUACACUAAGAGAAUGAUGAAGGCACAGCAACUACAUACAACUUUAGAUUACGUUUUUAUGCUUGGUCAUGAUUUACUACCAAGUCACGGCUUAGUUUAGUUUACACGCCUAUCCAUUUUAACAACCUGCCUGAUGUGGGCAGCACGGGAUCGCUCCAUUUUCUGCAGAAGACUCAAAAGACGCCCCAAUUGCCCACUUUUAUAGGAACGUGCAGAGGGCCAGAUGAAGAAAAAAUCGGUGUUAAGAUAUAAAGUUGAUAACCAGCGUUGUGAUACCAAUUAUAUCUGAUUGGGGUUUAAAGUUUUGUUGAGCCAAAAAGAAAGCCAGGCUCUGUGGAACUUGCUUCGCAGUACUCCCCUCUGGUGUGAUUUUAUUGUUGUCACUGUAGCAUGAGCAUCUCAAUCAGUUUAGUUUCGUCAUCUUCAUGUACAUGUUCCUGUCUGGUUGCAACAAAGCCGCAUUUUUAUUGUAUUCUUGCAUUUACUCAACCGGAAAAUGCAAACUGUUAAAAUGUUGACCUCUAUUGAUUUUUCUGCCCUUAUUUAUUUAUUUAUUUAUUUAUUUAGUGACUUAAGUUGAUUUGUUGCUUGCAACCUGUGAGCCUACAGUAUAUACAAAGUGGCAGUCGUAUAGCCUUAUAAGGAUAUGUGUGCUGUGACGAUGCUUUGCACUACCAUAAAAAUAAAGCAGGGUGCAUAGACUAGUCCUGUACUGUUUACAAAAUGUCAUGUUCACUUUAUGUUGUGCUUCUUUUCUCUGUAUUAUGCCUGCAUGCAACACAUUCUUAAAAUAUUACAGAUGCAAACACAAUGAGUUAUUAUGGGGACAUUCCACACAUGAGGCUUUGCGGCUGCUUGAUGUCAGUGUUUCAGGGUGUCAGAAACCGAAUCAAGUCUGGUACUGGCACUUUGAUUUUUGUUCUGAACGAGAGAAACAACUGUAUAUUCUUUAAUGAUCUGUUAAUGAUUAAGAGGUAUAUUGUAAUGCAGAGUGCUGGCUGUUAAAUCUGCUGUGUUUACUAUUAAAGCAUAGCUGAUGAA